UGAACGCUAUUAUCAGACCACAAAUACAUUCAAUUUUACUUGAGUAAUUUAAAGAUCUACAUUGAUAUAUUUUUAAAUGUCGUUGUAUUUAUAAGUUUUAAAUUAUUUUUUUACUUGAAAUAGUGACGUAAAAUUAGUGGUUGAGAAAAAUUUACUGGUAAAAUGAUGCGUUAUGAAGAAGGUGAUCUUAUGGACCAUAAGCCGUGUGCUGGAAUAAGAGCAGAUUUAAAAAUGUGUCUAUUGGAAUCUGACUGUUGUAAAAUUGAAAAGAAAACGCCACGAGAGUGUCUAAGAGAAAAAAAUUGUCCCCCAGAAUGCAUAGCUCUACAAAAUACAUUUUUUGAAUGCAAAAGAUCCAUUUUGGAUAACAGACAAAGAUUUCGAGGACGUAAAGGAUAUUAAUUUACACUAAUCUUAAAAUGUUGUGAUGUAUUUUAAAUAAUUUUUAUUUUAAUUGAUAAAUUUAUGUAAAAAUAAUGCAUUAGUAAAUAUACAAUUAUUUUUUAGUGUUUCAUUA